CAUCGACUAGUCAGGUCUGCUCCAGAGCGGAGGGGUCAGUCGGGAUCCGCAGAGCUUUCCUCAGACUGGCCCGGUUUCAUUUUCUGGAUAUUUCCCCCCCUUCUCGUCCCUCUAACGCCUCAUUGUUGGACUCCGAAGGUCUAGUCGGUCAUCAUGGGCAAGAACGAGGAAGAGGAGAUCAUUCGAAUCGCUAAGAAAAUGGACAAAAUGGCGCAGAAGAAAAACGGGUCUGGGGCUUUGGACCUGCUAAAGGAGCUGCGCAGCGUCCCCAUGACUCUGGAGCUGCUUCAGUCCACCAGAAUUGGGAUGUCUGUCAACGCCAUCCGCAAGCAGAGCACAGAUGAGGAGGUGACAUCACUAGCCAAGUCUUUGAUCAAGUCAUGGAAGAAGCUUUUGGACGGGCCUGCAAGUGGAGACAAAUCCUCAGACGAGAAGAGGAAAGAGCAAGGCGCCCCUGUUUCGCCCUCGCAGGGAAGCCCGGAACCAAAAGAAGAAAGCAGCUCCAGCAGUAAUUCCAGCAGCAAGAGCGAGCACGCUGACGUCUCAGCCAACACGCUAAUCAACACCUUCCCUCGUGCUCCCACCACCUCGGACUCCAUAAGGAUCAAGUGUAGAGAGUUGCUGGCCAAUGCCCUUCAGACCGGAGAGGAUUAUAUCGCCAUCGGUGCGGAUUGUGAUGAACUUGGCGCUCAAAUUGAGGAAUGCAUAUUCCAAGAGUUUAAGAACACAGACAUGAAGUACAAGAACCGCGUGCGGAGCCGAAUUUCCAACCUGAAGGACAUGAAGAAUCCCAACUUGAGGAGGACGGUGCUGUGUGGGAGCGUCACCCCCGAGCAAAUGGCCAAGAUGCCCGCUGAGGAAAUGGCCAGCGACGAGCUGAAAGAAAUGAGGAAAAAUUUGACCAAAGAGGCCGUCCGGGACCACCAAAUGGCCACCACGGGUGGCACCCAGACAGAUCUGUUCACCUGUGGCAAGUGCAAGGGAAAGUGCUGCACCUACACACAGGUCCAAACUCGCAGUGCUGAUGAGCCCAUGACCACGUUUGUCUUCUGCAAUGAGUGCGGAAAUAGGUGGAAGUUUUGCUGAGUCUGCAGGCAUCUUCCUUGGCGCUUGGACAAGUAGCAAAAACUCUGGACCAGAUUGGAGCUUUUUAUCAUGUGGUAGAUAAGCAUUGUGCACCAAACACAGUGUAAGGAUGCCACUACAAUUGGACUAAACACCUUGUUGAUAGUUUGAGCUAAUUGUAAAAGCCUUGACAAGCUCCAAGCCCCUUACUUUCUCAUGCAAUCUUAUAUUGUCAAUAGUUGUUUCCCCUUUAUUAGAUGUAUGCAAUCAAGCUUGACUCAUUCUUUUUAUCAGCGUUUUUAUACGUAGUUUUAACACAGUGGACAGUGUUGUUCUGCUUUCCCUUCACAACAACACAAUAUUGUUUUAUUUAAUUUCCCAAUAAAGUGUAUUCAAUUUGAUUACAAAAACAAAAA